GUCAGGCGCAGAGGCUCGCUCUCUCCGUGGACCCUCCUACCAGCAGAAGAGUGACACGCCAUUCAACAGCAGCCUGGCCCUGUGCGUGCAGGACGCGUUGGGAGCUCAGACAGAUCACACCAUCUGGUAGGGAAGAAAAGCACGGAAAAUCGCAUCUGCGCGACGGACAGAGGGGAAACUUUUGCGAAUCGCGUCGACAUGGGGAUCCGAAAGAAGACCAACAAGAACCCGCCGGUGCUGAGCCACGAGUUUGUGAUCCAGAACCAUGCAGAUAUUGUUUCCUGUGUUGCUAUGGUUUUCCUACUCGGGCUGAUGUUUGAGGUCACCUCAAAGUUUGCAGUAUUAUUCAUUACUGUCCAGUACAAUGUGACCAUAUCAACAAAUGAGGGCCCAGAGGAGACGGCAGUGAACCACUUCCACCACGGCAUCAAGGACCUCGCAACCGUUUUCUUCUACAUGCUGGUGGCCAUCAUCAUGCAUGCAAUCAUCCAGGAGUACGUGCUGGACAAAAUCAACCGAAAAAAGCACUUCUCCAAAACCAAGCACAGCAAGUUCAAUGAGUCAGGCCAGCUCAGCGCCUUCUACUUGUUCUCCUUUGCUUGGGGCACGAACAUCCUUCUAUCUGAAAACUUCCUGUCCAAUCCCGUCGCCCUGUGGGAGGGUUAUCCUCAUGCGCUGAUGCCAUUCCAGAUGAAAUUCUUCUACAUUUGCCAGAUGGGAUACUGGCUACACGCUCUCCCAGAGCUGUAUUUCCAAAAAGCAAAGAAAGAGGAUAUUCCACGGCAGCUCGUGUACAUCUUCCUGUACCUGGUCCACAUUGCUGGCGCCUACAUUCUGAAUUUGAACCGACUGGGUUUGGUCCUGCUGGUGUUGCAUUAUUUUGUCGAGCUUCUGUUCCAUGUCUCCCGUCUCGUCUACUUCAGCAACGAGAACAGACAAAUGGGAUUCACCAUCUGGGCUGUCUUGUUUGUGAUUGGACGGCUGCUUACCUUGUCCCUGUCGGUCCUCACCGUGGGCUUCGGCCUCUCCACCGCUGAAAACCAAGGCUUUGAUUUGGCUGCAGGAAACUUCAACAUUUUCUUUGUGCGGAUGACCGUCCUGUCAGCCAUCUGCUUCACGCAGGCCUUCAUGAUGUGGAAGUUUAUCAACUUCCAGCUGCGGCGAUGGAGAGAGCAUGCCGAGGCUCAGACGUUGAAAAAGAAACAGGCUCCUGCUAAGAGCAAGUCGAAAAAAGACAAAGCAAACGGAGUAAACGGCGUGAGCUCUCAUAGAGCCGAUUCACCAAGAUCAAGAAAAGAGAAGUCUUCAUAAGACAUAAAGAGGAGAAGAAAAGUAAACAUUCCUGCCAGCCUUCCUCAUCCCGCGUAUCUCAAAGAGCCGCCUCUCCCAGGGUCUUCUCGGCUGUGAGCAGCUGGCUGAUUCAACGGCUCCUUGACCCCAGACCCAAUGUGCGGAUUCACCUUCCCGCACAGGACCGACCUCCCAGCUGGAAUUCCCAGGGCCACUCAGAUUUGCUUUUGCUGCCGAUCGUCCAGCUCACAAUCAGCUCCAAAUCUUCCUUCUGUGGUAUUAAUUAAAAACCAACAAAUAAACUGAGGGAAAAAGACCUUAUUUAAGAAGUGCCUAUUGAUGUGGGUUGCUUUGGGGGGGGUUUGGGAGGAGGUGGUGUUUUUUGUACAGAUUGUAAUUGUACCAAAUCAGGAAUGAUCACUUUAUUUCUUUUUCCCACUUCAGGUCAUUAAGUGCUUUAUUGAAAUGACAUGUAUUCUUGUUCUUUCACCACCAUAUCUUGUAUUUAUACACCAACCAGCUCAUCCUGAUGCUGUCCUUCUCUUGGAUGAAUUCCAUUUUACAUUUCUCCUGCAUUCCCAAGAUCGGAGGUUGUAUAAAGUCCUGUUAUCUCCAGCCUUUGCCCAGAUCACACUUUAGUCUUUUUUUUUUUUUCAACCACAUUAGACAUAAACAGACACAUGUAGAUAGAAAGAAAACCAUUGAAUAAGCUUGGAAUAAGAGGAUAUACAAGCAAGCAAAUUAAACGAGUACAUUUAUGGUUCAGUACUGUGCGGAACUGCCAGCCAAGAAGAAGAAAAAGAUAAAACGAAUGGUAAACUAAUGUAGCAUUUGAUUACUGGAGUAGGUGAAAAGCUUUGUAAUCACAACAUGUUUGUCACAAACUUCUUUAAAAGUUGCUGCAGUUGUAAUCAUGCUGUUUUAGACACAUUGUGCUUUUAGAUUUUAAUUCUGUAGCAUCAACGAAGAUACAAAUCAGGAAAAAAAAAAAAGAAAAAUGUUUUUGUGAUUUGUCCAACCUCUCAAUGUUAAGAAGUAAUGUUCUUAUUGUGUUUGUUCCAUUAUGGAUUAACUUACCUGUGGGUGUGUAUAUAUAUCUGCAUAUAUAUAUAUAUACACACACACACAUUUAUUGUUGUAAACCUUUACUCCCUCCCUGCCCUCCAUACUGAGAAUUGACUGUGCCAAAAGAGCCUGGCUAACUACAGCUGACCAUAUGCCUUUUACUUACACACCACAAAGCAUUAUAGGCCUGUCAGCUGUACUUUCAAGACUUUGUUACCUAAGUAACACAAAUGUAUUCUGAAGAAUGAAUUCUUAAUUUUAGGCAUACCGUUUAGUGAGCUACAAUAAACUCCAGCAGUGUUUGUUUCUCUCUACUCGCCCUGGGGGUUUAUCCUGUAAAGAAAUAAAAUGAUCUUGUUAAAACAGAAGCAUUCUAGAUUAUUUUACUGUAUGUGUCAAAGUCCAAUUAAGACCUAGUGAUGAUCUAGUGCACUAAAAGUAGCUCAGAAUAUAUAUCAAUUGUAUCCAACAUCAGUACCCAGGUCACUGAUUUUGCUGUGGUAGAAAUAAUUUUGCGUAGCAUGUAGGUUAAUAGCCGGUGUAGUAGAGUAAUAGAAAGCCAGCAGAUCUAAUAGUCAAAAUGCUGAUUCUAUAUAAUUGAAUCAUGAGUUGAAAGGGCUUCUAUAAAAGUGUUAGUAGUGUCGGAUGGAGUUCAAAUCAGCGAGGUUUUUCAUUCGGUGUAAAGUGGAUAACUCUUAUUUCAAGACAGAGGCAGCAAAUAUAUAUGUCACUGGCUCUGGAGAUGUUUUUCAGCAGCAAGAUAGCAAGGAAAGAUAAAUGCAGCAAUGUAGAGAGACAUUCUGGAUGUUAAUUUUUCAGCCAGACAACACGGCGACCAAGAUUAUAGUGGCUUUAAAACCUCUCUGUGAAUGUACUGGAGAGGUCAAACCAGAGUCCAGGCUUGAAUCUAACUGAACAUUCCUGGAAAGUUCUGAAACAAACAUCUCCCAUCCAAUCUGCUGGAGCUUGAGAAGUGCUGCAAAUAAGGAUGGGUGAAAAUCCAUAAAGAUGGGAGUGCUAAGGUUGUGGCAAAAGGAGUGUAGGUGCAAAUUGAUGUUAAAGACGGAUCAACAAAGUGAAAGGCAAAAGCUGUGAAUAUUAAAGCAAAUGUGAUUUUUUUUUUGUUUGUUUUUAAUAAAUUUGCAAAAAUCUCAAAACGUUUUUGAACAUAA